AUGGAGAAGAAAACAAUUAUAACGGCCUUUGGGUUGAUGAUGAUGAUGUUGAUCCUAAGCGCAACUACUGCAAGAGCCGAUCUAUGCCAGGAUGCAUUGAAAGCUUUGUUGCCUUGCAUGCCGUUCUUGACGGGUUCUGACCCUCCAACACCCAGUGCUAACUGCUGCCUAGGCGCAAGCGAAGUGCUGAAUAAAGCUACGACCACCGAAGAUCGCAAGGCUCUGUGUGUCUGUUUCAAAAAUGGUGCAGCCCAGGAUGGUGUUAAGUCUGAUAGGGCUGAACAGCUUCCCGACCUCUGCAAGAUCAAAGUUCCGGUUCCGAUUAAACCCGAUGUGGACUGCAAAAAAUUAUGA